AUGAAUUCUCCAAGAGCAGAAACUCUGGAUUUAGAAUUAAGUGACACUAUCAACAAGAUCUAUAAUAGUUGUUAGAAGAUCAAUGAUAAACAUCUCAGAAUAAGGAUAUUGCAAUGGUUAGAUAAAGUGAGAACUCCAACCCACAAUUUUAUUUGGAAAUAGAAUUCUUUAUUAUAUGCUCGUGUUCUAUUGGAGAUGACUCUUGAAAAAUAAUUAGACAAGCCCUUUAGAGGAGUGCCUCCAGAUGGGCCUUUGCCGAGAUUGGACAAAUUCGAUGUUGUAAUUGAUUUUUGAUUUAAUAGUAAGCCCCAACAGGUUUGGUCGAAACUCAAACAGGUUCAGUAACCCCAGUCUCCAAGGAAACCUUUGGGAGUCAUUUUGAAUAGAAAUUUUACUCCAAAGUUAAAGACUGAGCCUAAUUCAUACAAAUGCAGCAAAUUUCAUAAUAGUCAGAAAUCUCAAAAGUGGGAUCAAAUUAAGGUGACUUUGGAAGGGGCUAAUAAAAAUAUGCAAGAAUUUAAACAAUUUUUAGAAAAUUUAUAAACUUAAUAACUAUUUCUUUGA